AUGCAUCUCAACUCAUUCUCAAAACAGGAGGAAUCGCCUGAACACCACCAAAGUUUCAUGAGCCUCAAAUGUGUCGAUUGUGAUUUCCUGGAAGAACUGUCAACAUCAUCUUCUGACUUUGAUCUUACGGAUGAGGACGAUGAUAUCAUGUCCCUUACUGAUUCCGUUCACUUGGCAGUAGAUCGGGGCAUUCCAAUGUCGCCCAUGGCGGCAAAGAAGCGCAACAGACGAAAGUUGACCGAAAAUGACUCUGUAGUCUUGACCAAGAAACGAGUCCCACUUUGCGUUCACGAGAAUAAGAAUGAUCUCACGAAUGACGUAGAGUUUCUUGAUGCAGAUGGCUUUGAUAUGGACUCGGAGGAAACCUCUUCGCAGUCGCCAUCUAGUGCUGGUGCCAAGCGAGGAACACACUUCAGUGAGGGCCAGUCAAGAUUAGCACGCAUGUUUCGUCAAUCUUCCAUCAAUGGAAACAAGACGAAGUGCCCCUCCCACAAAAGGCAGCGGAUUUCUACUGAUUGUAUCAUGACAGUGUUGGAAAUCUGA